AUGCCUACGAAAGUUGGGAGGGCAUUUGAGCCUGUUCCCGGUCCGAUCGCUGCCCAGCUGCCCAAAGAAAAAGUCAAUGGGCAUUUUUUGGCGAGCAUUACGAUACCACGCAAAGUGGUACCUCCUGCGAAGGACUCUAAACACGCUCCGAUCAAGAAAACUCGCACGUCGCCAGAGUUCAACAAGGUCGGAUUCGAUCGUCGAGGGUCUCCGAGGGCGAAGGGGUAUUCUCCGUCCAAUGCAAUGCCACGAAAAUCUCCUCCAAACGGACUUUAUGCUGGACCGAGGUUCAGUGAACCUCCAUCUCCAACAGCACUGCCCAAGCCUCCGCUUCACUGGACGGACUGUGCUCCUGCAAAGCCCCUUCAAAAGGAACAACAACCUGAGGUCUGUGUGGAGCUGACAAAUCGCUUAAAAGUACUUCUCAAAGUGCAAGCAUGA